AAAACCCUAAAUAUUAAAGGGUAAAUUAAUUGUUUAAAUUUUUCUAACCUUAUAUACAUUGAAUAAUGUCAUCAAAUGGAUUAAAACGAACCAGAUGGUCGUCAAAUGAUAAUAAUUCUACAUUAAAUUCAUUUACAAAUGAUUCAAAUGACGAUGAUUCGAAUGAUGAACCACCAACUAAAAUACAAAUAAAAACAAAUGAUCUCACUAAUUAUUUACCAACAAGUAAUAAAUACAUCAAUGAUUUAUUACAACAAAUUGAUGAAUUAAAGCAAAAAGUACAUGAUUUAGAAGAGCAACAAAAUAAAAUCGAAGAUAAAACACCAUUAUUAACAAUUAAAUAUCAAAAUGAAAGUGUUGCUGAUAAAUAUAAUAAACAAAUUGUGCCAUUUUUAAAAGAAACAUUUCAAGAUAGUGAUAUUAGUUGUCAAUUGACUUCGAUUAAAGUAUUUGAAAAAAAGAUACCGGAUAAUAAUGAAGUAGAAGUGAUAGAAAUUAAUGACGAAUCACAAAAUGUUGAUGAAAUAAUAUUAUCUGAUAAUUGUACUGAUGAAAGUCCAGUUGUUGUUGAUGAUAUGAUAUGUUUAGAUACAACACCAAAUGUUUUAACUGAUAAUACUGAUGAUGUUCAAUAUAAUGUAUUAUCAGCGCCAAAAAAUCAAAAAAAUAACAUAAGUAAUUUUAGUUGUUUUAAUUGUGGUGAUCAGGAUGGCGUUAAACAUAAUUUAAAAGAUUGUCCACUCCCUAAAAAUUGGGAGCGAAUAAAUGCAGCACGGAAAAAAUUUAAAGAUGUUCAAACACAUAAUCAACGUUAUCAUGUUGCUGAUAAUGAUGAUAGUCGAUUUGCUGCGUUUAAACCAGGUGGUGAAUUAUCUAGAGAAUUACGACAUGCAUUAGGUUUAAAAUCGAAAGAAAUACCGUUACAUAUUUAUAAAAUGAGAAUGUUAGGUUAUCCGCCUGGAUGGUAUCAAGAGUUAGUUACGCAUAAUGAUACGUUAUCAAUGUUUACUGAUAAUCAAAACGAGAGUACAAUUGAUAAUAAUGGCACAAUUGAUACAUCAAAUAUUAUUGUCAAGGAUUCCAUGAUUAUUGAAUAUCCAGGAUUUAACGUUCCAUUAAAGAAGGAUAUGAAAGAUGAAUAUUGGAAAUAUAAAGUGCCACCGAUUCAAGAAUGUCACUUGAAACAAAACUUUAUAUUAUACUUAAAUCAAUGCAGGAAUUCAUCAUCAGUUAAUACUAAUAAAGACAGCAUUAUUAUUGAUACAAACAAAGACAAUAUUAUUGAUAUUUCAACAGAUAAUACCGACGAUGAUGAUAAUGAUGAUGAUAGACUCAGUGUUGAAAUGGAAAUUAUACCAAAUAGUGAUGAACCAUUACCUGUUCCAAUAGACAUUACUGAUACCAAUAGCCAGGAUGAAUUACCAUCUACAAAUAAAAUUAAUGACAAUAAUCAAAAUGAUAAUGAAAAUGGAGAUAGUAAUCAAGAAAGUAGUGACGCUUUUGAUAAUAAUGAUAAUAAUACAUCAUCAUCAACGUUCUCAAAUAAUGAUAACAAAUCAACACCAACACUUGCUCGUACACCACUCUUAUCAAAAGUAUCAACAUACAGAACAUUACCAGAAAUGGAUAAAUUUAGUAAAGAUAUGGGACCAUUAAUUAUGUUUGAAAAUUUAUCUGAUUCUGUUGGUACAUAUAAUAAAAUGAAAGGUUUAUUAAGUAAAGUUAGGACGACUUUAAAAAAUAUACACCCGUAUCCAUCGUAGUAGCAUAGUACAUUCAUCUGACUACUUUAAUUAUUUACAACGCCUUAGUAUCAUUGUUUAAGUACAAGUACAUUAAAUUAUGGAAAUCGUUCUGCAUGUUCUGAAGAUGUAAUUUUACAAAUCAUUGUUUAUAAUUUGAUUGUAUAUUGAAUUGUUUAUAAUGUUGACGUAUG